AUGGGCUUCGCUCACACCGGCCAUGUCUCGGAGUACUGGAAGACCAGUGCAACGCAAUACACCCUGAAGUGUGUCGACACCGAAACUAACAAGAUCGUUGGCAUGGCGCUUUUCGACGUGUACAUCGCGCCUAGUGAUUGGAAGAGAGGCGAGAUUGGAUGGCUGGAGGGCAAGGAACGUGAACGGGCCGAGGCACUUGUGAAGCCGCUUUGGGAUGCGAGAGAGAAGCUGUGGCUUAAUGAGAGAUACGUCUACUGCCACGUCAUGGCCGUGCACCCGGACUACCAACGGCGGGGCAUUGGCGAGUUGCUGUUCAAGUAUGAGAUGGACAUUUGCCGGCAGACUGGGUUGCCCAUGUACAUAGAGAGCUCCAAGCAGGGCAUCAAGCUUUACGAGAAGAUGGGAAGCAGAAGAUUGAAAGAGAAGCUGGUGCACAAGUCGGAAGACAUUACUCCGGAGAAGACCAACGGCACGAGGGAGGACCAAGAGCUUCCAUUGUUCGUCUGGCUGCCGGAUGGCGCAGAAAAGAGACUACCAAAGUCUGUGGAGCUGGCAUAG